GUAAAAAAAAUAACACGGCGGCUUCUAUCUAGUGACAAACUGAGUUGGUUCAGUCUCGUAAUAAUAAAAAAAGAAAUACCUCCGAUUUAGGAUUUCUCUUGCGUCCCGGAUAGGAUUUCUUCUUCCUUCCUUGGCUGCUGCUGCUCUUUCUAUUCAGCAAUUCUCUCUUUCUUUCUUUUGAUAUUCCAUUCCAUAAAACCACCUUAGUCGCUAGCCAAGGCUCUUAUCAACCAAUUACUGGUCCGAAUCCAUCCCACCCCACAUGCCUAUGGCUAUGUCUAGGGCUAUGGCUACCUUUGUUGAUCAUUCUAUGCUUGUAGAGCUUGAUGAAUUAGAUCAUGGGAACAUGCAUGCAACAUCUUGUUGAUUAUCAUGACGAUGAAGUAGUUGACUUGGAUACCAUUUCCAAAUUGUUGAACACAUAUACGUAAGUUAUGUACAGAGUCGAACAUGAACUCGAUCAAAAUAAGGCUUCUCACUCCGAUCUCAUCCUGACGUCCUACAAAUUAUGGACUGCGUUGCCUUGUCAGUUGACAAUGACAAUGAAAUACUCAUUCUCUAUAAUUUCAUUCGUGACAAGUACCACUUCAAGUUCCCAGCACUUGAAGCCCUUGUUCAUCAUCCACUACAUUAUGUCCGUAUCGUUGAAAGGACUGGCAACCAAACGGAUUUGAAUUUUGUUGAUUUUCAAGACCUUUUGCCAUUGAAUUCUAAAUUGUAGUGAUUUCUACAAUGGCUUCAACAACAAUUUGUAAACCACUACCUGAUCAUGUCCUUCCAAAGAUCAUAGAUGCAUGGCAUCGAGCUUUCACUCUUGAUUCAAAAGAUCCUAGAUUUUGUAGAAGCAAGAAUGGUAAUUGUUGCAUCCAAUCUUUCUGCUGUUGUUGGGACUGCUUUUGCUGCCAAGCUCAUGAUCACUCCUGGCAGUCCCACAGAAUUAGCCAACAUGACCUCUUGUGAUGUUCAACUUCUUGGUUCCAAGAAAAUGUUCCUCGCAGGAUUUUCUCGACUUCUCACGGAUAUUGUGGGUUUAUCGAGCAAACAGGUGUAUUUCAGGCCUCACCCCCAUCUCUGCAAGCUCGUCCUUGUAGCCACUUGGCUUCAAAAUCAACACCUGCUGCACGAGAGGAUUCUAUCAAGGGAGAUCCAUCGGGGAACAUUGGAAUAUGUCUUCGAGUGGAGGUUUUGAAGAAAAUAGUAAAGUUGCUAAAGCCUCAUCCUGUGAGGCUUCCUACACCACUUCCCAUCCCUUCUGAUGCUUCUCAGAGUAAGAAAACGAGAGGUGGUCAGCGGCUGAGGAAGAACAGGGAAAGAUAUGCCAUGACUGACAUGAGAAAUCUUGCUAAUAAGAUACAUUUUGGUGUGCCUGAAGAGAGUUCAUUGGAUGGCGGACUUGGAGCUGCAGAUUAUGGAAUGCUCUUAUUUUUAAUUCCUCGUGUUUGGAUAUUUUUUUAUACUGAUCACUCUUAUGAUGGUAUAUUCCUGUAUCCUAUUUCGCGUAUUAUUUACCGGUACUUGCAUUUAUCUGUUUGCAGGAAGACGGAAACCCAAUAGAUGGUGGUGCUUCAAUAGAAACUGAGCAACCUGCAGAUUCGUCAUUGCAAGGAAUGCCAAAGAAACAGACUCUGGAAUUUAUCGUUGACAUCCUACAGAGGAGAGACACACAAGAGAUAUUUGCACAGCCAGUUGACCCUGAUGAGGUUGUUGGCUAUUACGAUAUCAUUAAAGAGGCAAUGGAUUUUGGAACCAUAAGGGCUAAACUUCAAGAAGGGAUGUAUACAAGUCUGGAUCAAUUUCAGCGUGAUGUGUUCCUCAUAUCCAGCAAUGCAAUGAAAUUUAAUUCAUCGACAACUGUUUAUUAUUCAGAGGCCCGUGCUAUAAGUGAACUCGCUCAGCGGGUCUUCAAUUCUCUGAGAACUGAACCUGAGAAAUUUGAGCUGGAGCACUCGAGGAUGAGAAGACACCCAGCUCAGAAAGGCCAUGGUGAAACUGGAAGUGUACUGAAUAAGCUUGUUAAACUUGCUGGGUUCAGAGAUGGUGCUUCACUCAACAGCACCUCUCUGAAGAGAGCUACCCGAACACACCCUGCUUCAACACGUCUAAAUCCUCUCGUUGACCAUACAAAAAAUGAAAUGCCUUCUGGCUCAAGAGAUGGUAGAAAUUUAGAAUCCUCUGAAACUGCUAGGCGUAUGACAUAUAUGCCUCAAACCUCCUCCAUCAAUGGCAAAGGGUCAAUAAUUUCUGAACUCUAUAAUACACCAAAAGUGCUUACCCCUAUUCCAGAUUCAAGUAUCCGAUACAAGGAAAGUCUCAAGCAAUUCGUUAAAGAUUUGGGACCGACAGCUCAAAUGGUUGCUAAUAAGAAACUAGGAAAACAUCCAAUUGAAACUCCAAAUUUCGCGUCCUGGAUGCCCACCUCUUCUUGCAAGAAAACAGAUCUGGUCCCUGUGUCAUCUGCACUUAACAGGCCUGCUCGUCUGACUGGGGUUAAUGAUGGCCGUAUGCCUCGCAACAGUUUCAAUUCUAUCUCACCUGCUUCUUUUGAAGGAAAGAUGGUCUUUCCCAGUGGAGGUGUGAAUGGUUAUAAUACAAGAGAAAUGAUUCCUACUCCAAAUUGUCUACAAGGGAUCAGAGCUCACCCCAACUAUGGUGGAAGCAAUAACUCUGCUUUGAUGGGAGAAAACGCCGCUGGCACAAGCAAAAAUACGGAUGCUUGUGCUUCUUCGGAAGCAAAAAUGAGGGGCACCAGCGGCAACAUGAAUCUUCUUAUGGCAACUCUCAUGCAAAUUACUGCUUUUCAAAAUCGAAAUUCCCAAACACCAUCGGGUUAUUUCCCUCUUACUGGAAUGUAUCCUGCCCAGCCAUCACAGCUCAUCACUGAACCUCAGCCAUGGCUAAACAACCAUUCAGAACCGUUGUACUUGCCUUCCCUAAGUACAAAGCUUGCCUCUACAAGUCAGGCAGCAACCUCUUUGCCACAGUUUGAUUUCCAAUGUGCAAAUGGAGAGGGGUCAAGCACUGGUGCUGCAAGUGUAGUUGAGCACAAGUAUGGAACUAAACAUCCUCAAGCCGUUCAACUUCAACCAGCUGAAAGGAUCCAACCUCCACCACCAUGGGAUCCACAAGCAGUAUAUAAUAACCUUCCAAUCAUGCGAAAGAUGGUUAGUGAGCAGCAGAUUCCAUCACGACAGAAUGCAUUGAUCAGGAAACAACAAUCACAGGUUGCAUCAAUGCAACCAAUGCCAGUCUGGCACAACAAACUUUGUUGAAGGAGUAAAUUCUCAAGUUCAUCAAGCCGAGUCUAGCGGUCAUUGCUUUUCAGAAACUCAACAGUUAACCUUGAUGGAUAAUCAGCAGCCUGAUUUGGCUCUUCAAUUGUGAGUUCAACAUAUAUGAGGGUUCCUGUCCCGAUCGAAUAAGAGAUAGAAUGGUUGUUGCGCUUAUCCCAACAGAUGUAUAAUAGUACUAUUUCUGUCUUUCAAACUUGUUCUUAAUUUGCUUUCAGUGUUCACAGCUACAACUUGUUCUUCUUUUAGCCUAAGCCUUUUUGGUGCUUCAGUAGUUUGGCCUUGUUCA